UUGAUCCAGCGCCUCACACAUGCUGAACAGAGAGAAAGGGAACCACUAGCCUUUGCACUACUCCUACACGUCGACAACGGAGUGUCUUGCUCGGCCGGCCAGCCAGCCUUGCCAGGUGCCUCAGUGUUGUGGGAGUUGUUAAUAUGAGGACAGAGAUGGAUGAGGAUUGGAGUUGUAUCAUUAAGGGUGAAAAUAAAAUUAAGAAUAGCAUUGUUCGAGAUGAUGAGGAUGAAUUCAUUACCCUUUUGGAGAAGUCAUUGGUCAUAAAUUCAGGGGGCAUGGUUAAACUGAAGUUCGGUGAAUCUGAAGUGUGCCCUUACGAACUUUUGGCAUUUAUCUGCCAUCAUCGUGCGGUAACUUGUGGCACGGCACUGGUUAAAGGGAAGACGGAUCUUAAAUUGGAUCUUAACAUUCCGAUCAUCCAGGGAGCUUUCCCGCUGCAUGUAGCAGCUUCUUCAUUAUCUUUUCACUUAAUUGAGUUAUUCCUCCUCCAUGGUGCACGACCCAAUGUCCAAUGUGAUGCAAAUGACUUGGAGCACAAUGGGUUGCUCCCUCUCCAUAUGGCACUUGAAAGAGUAAGAUAUCUCGCUCGGUGGACUCCUAGAGAAUCCGUUUUCAAGUUGAUCAUCAUACUUUGCCUUCCAAAAAUGGUUCAUUCUUUACCGAGAAUCUGAUGUAAAGAAGCAUUGGAGACUAUAGGUUGCUUGCACAUAAUACAGAAGAGAUCAAGGAGGUAAUUCGCUAUUUUGCAAAGGAUGGCAAACUCAUUGAGCUGGCUGUUCUUCUAAUGGUAGCUAGGGAAAAGGUUAUGGAUUCAAUUACAUUUGAGAGCGUCGAACUUUUCACUUCAACUGGAUGCAUGACAUUACAUCAAUGCAUCCAACUUGAACUUGCCGCACUGAUUAAUUCUGAGUACAGAUUAAUGUACAAAAAGGAAGACAAAAAGUUGGCCCAAAUAUGUAAGAAUUUGAAGGAGGCAAUGAUAUAUAUGCUACAGUUACUCGAGAUUUUUGAGAGGGCUGGGGAUGCUAUUGAGACUUAUCUUCAGUUAGAGCGAACUAAUGUCCCAAAAGAACAGGUUACCCAAGAGGUUGCCAGUCUACUUGCUGUAGCGGGCUUUAAAUUGAAAUCCAGAGAGUCUGAUCUAAGCAAUAUAGUAGAAUGCUGCCCGGACAAGCUGGUCUUGGAACACUCGAGUGAUCCUGUCAAGGAAAGAAAAGGACAAUCAGUGUUCUCACAAUCAAAUAAAAAGCCAACACAUAGUCUGCCAAAUAAGACCUGGAGGUUGAUUCAUACUCGCUAUUCGAUUGGGUCCUCGGCUUUAUCUUCUUCUAUCCUGCCGAUGCAUGUAUCCUGGAACCGGAAAGCCAACUUCUGUUCAGGGAUUCCUAAAACUAUGGGCAGUCAAUUGAAUGAGAGAUUAAAAGGAGAAGGGCAAUAUGUGGGGAAAUUUUCUCCAGUCAAGCAAUUGGCUAAUUUUGUAUUAGUGGUCAAGAGGGGGAUAAGAUUCAUAUGACUCUCAAGCCUUUUUAUUUUAGAGUUCUUAUUCCUUUCGAAGUUAUGACUUAUGAUUCGUUUACUGUUUAGACAUGUGCAAGUAAUUGGUUUUAUAUUCGAAGUUGUGACUUAUGAUUCA